UGGGUUUUUCCAGGUGAAUGAGACCACGUUCCUGCUGGAGCCCCUGGAGGAGGAUGUGGCUGGCCGGCACGCAGUGUACAGAGCAGCUCACCUGCGGGGAAAGCGUGGCACGUGCCAAGACUCCAGUGCCACCCUGGAAUAUGACCACGAACCGAAAAUUCCUGCAGCCAUGAAGCUCUACCGCUGGAAAUCAGCUCCGUUACACAAAGGUCCCCGAUACGUGGAGCUGGUCCUGGUUGUGGACAACGAGGAGUUCAGGAAACACAAGGACUUGCGCACAGUGCAGAACCGCAUGAAGGAAAUCGUGAACCACGUUGACAAGCUUUAUCAGCCUCUUCGUCUGCGGGUGGCCUUGAUCGGCUUGGAGGUGUGGAGCCACAAGGACAAAAUCAUCGUCAGUCCCAACCCAGAGGUGACACUGGACAAUUUCCUCCACUGGCGAGAGGCAGAGCUGCUGCGGAGGAAGCCGCACGACAAUGCCCAGCUGAUCACGGGCAUAGACUUCCAUGGCACGACCGUAGGGCUCGCCAAGAAGCUUGUGAUGUGCACCAGAGACUCAGGCGGUGUCAACCAGGACCACAGCACAAAUCCUAUCGGCGCUGCAUCCACCAUGGCUCAUGAGAUGGGGCACAACCUGGGAAUGUCUCAUGAUGAAGAUGUUGCUGGCUGCCACUGUCCUGUCCCCAAAGCUGAUGGAGGAUGUGUCAUGGCGGCGAGUGUUGGCUUGGUUUACCCCAAGCUCUUCAGCCACUGUAGCGAGCAGGACAUGUGGCAGUUCCUCGGGGACCCCAGGACCAGCUGUCUGCUGAACGUCCCCAGGGCGGAUGAGCUGUACGGAGGGCCGGUGUGCGGGAACCAGUUUGUGGAGCGGGGGGAGCAGUGCGACUGUGGCACGCCGGAGGAGUGCUCCGACCGCUGCUGCAAUGCCACCACUUGCCAGCUGAGAGAGGGAGCUGAGUGCGCCCGGGGGGACUGCUGCCAGGACUGCAAGGUGAAGGCUGCCAGCGUGCUCUGCCGGGCCAGCAAGAAUGACUGCGACCUGCCCGAGCACUGCACUGGCCUCAGCGCCGAGUGCCCGGAGGACGUCUUCCAGGAAAAUGGCAUCCCCUGCCAGAAUGGCGAUGGCUACUGCUACAACGGGGCCUGCCCCUCACAUGGCGAGCAGUGCCGUGCGCUCUGGGGUGCAGAGGCCCAGGUGGCUCCUGAUGUCUGCUUUAAGCACAACAGCGAGCAACAUCUUCACCUCCACUGCCUCACUGAGUACGGGAAGCGGCCCUGCAGCCCGAA